AUGUCGGACGACUCUUUCAACAAGCCGAGCGUGCUGGUCGUUGGCGGGCUAGGUUUCAUCGGUCGACAUCUCGUCCACCACAUACACAAGAACAACCUCGCCUCAGAGCUGCGGGUGGUCGACAAGCUGCUCCCCCAGCUUGCAUGGCUCUCACCCGAGAUCACCGAGGCAUGCAAGGACCGUUUCGUUCAGGCAGAUGCCAGCCUUCAGCAAUCGCUCUCCCGUGUCUUCGACCGUGCAAACGGCUCCCAGUACGAUCUGGUGAUAAAUUGCGGCGGUGAGUCUCGGUAUUCGCACCAAGAUGAUGUCUACCGGCUACGCAGCCAUGGCCUCUCGAUUACUCUGGGCAAAGAAGCCGCACGACGGGGGGUCAAGGCCUUUGUUGAAUGCUCAUCUGCGGCUAUCUACAAGGUUGAUGACAAGCCGCGCAAGGAAACAGACAAGCUGAAGCCCCUGCAGAAGCUCACCAAGUGGAAGGUCACCACGGAGGAAGAGCUGGCAAAGAUAGACGGCCUUAACCUCGUCGUAUUACGGUUCCCAUAUGUGUAUGGAGAAUACGACACUGGCCUCCUGACGUCUGUCAUCUGCGUGGGGAGAACAUACAAGGAGAUCGGCCGUCCUCUGACCUUCCUGUACGCCAAAGAACGCCCUCUCAACACCGUCUGGGUUGUGGAUGCGGCCCGCGCCCUCUGGACAGCCGCAACAUGGCGUGCAUCCAAGGGGCCUCUACCUCCCAAUCAAGACUCUCAGCCAUUCCCUACCACCUUCAACAUCGUCGACCACAACAACACGUUAAAGGGUGACCUCGCUGACGCUCUUGAACGCAACUUUGGCAUCAAGUGCGAAUUCCUGGGCUCCUUAAUGAGCCAAUUCGCCAAGAUGAACCAAGAGCAGAUCCUAGACGAGAUGAAUGAGGAAACUCUAGAAGUUUGGUCGGAACUCUUGCUGGCCAAAGGGAUCACUACCUCGGGGCCCAUCAGCCCCUUUUUGGAGAAAGAAGUUCUCAAGGACGCAGAUACAACAGUCGACGGAUCCCUGUUCGAACAGACUACUGGCUUCACAUAUAUGAAGGAGAAACUUGACCCGGAUUGGCUUAGUAGUGUUAUCAAAAGUUACGAACAGAUGAACUGGUGGCCCUGA